AUGGGAAGUGACAGUUCCAGCAAUACCCUGCCGCGGCAGUCCCCUUGUUUGAGUUAUUGGCAACGGACAACUCGAGGCUUUCCAUACCUCUUUGCGAAUAAAAACAACACAGUUCCUUCCCAAAUACCAUACGUGAUUAUUGGGUCAGGGAUUUCAGGUGCUCUGACUGCGUUUGAAUUGCUGGAGGCUGGUGUCAAAGGAGAGGAUAUAAUCAUUUUAGAAGCACGCGAAGCUGCUAGCGGGGCAAGCUCCCGGAAUGCAGGUCAUGCUUUAGACAUUAUAUCCAACGAGCGACUUGUUCUACACAAAAUAAAGGACUUUGUAAAUGAUCAUAAUGUGCAAUGCGAUUUCAACUUUACGACCACAUUCGAGGUUUGCAUGACGGAAGAGUUCGCAGAGUAUGAGAAAGAAUGCCUGCAAGCUUAUAAACAGGCUGGAGGCGAUACUUCCCAUAUUCAAUAUUAUGAGGGGCAUCAAGCCAAAGAGAAAACCAGAAUUCCAGAUGCACUCGCAGCAUAUGAGUGGCCUGCGGGCUCCAUUAACCCAGCCAAACUGACCCACUUCUUGCUACAAUCAGUUACCGAAAAGGGUGUUCAGCUCUACACGUUCUGUGCUGCUACGGCACUAAAGAAGAACGAGUCUGCACCACAUUUAUGGGAUGUGCACACCGUUCGAGGCACCGUGACAGCAGGGAAAAUAAUUCAUUGCACAAAUGCUCAUGCUGCACUGCUGCUUCCUCAAUUGGAACCUUAUAUAACACCAAACCGUGCCCAGGCCCACUCUUUAGUCCCGACUCCGGCUUUUGCAGCUGCACAGACUCUUCGCAAUACAUACUCGUUGCGAUAUAGUCUUUAUCACUUCUACUCCUUGAUACAGAUUCAAGGAAACGGUACUAUGGUUUUAGGAGCUUCAAGAUCCAAUCCGACUUUGAGUGCUGAGACAUUAGCUAGUCGAUCCAGCACCGAUGAUAGCCAUUACAACCAAGAGAUAGCAGACGAUGCAUUGGAUAAGUUUCAUCAAAUCUUUUCAUCUCAGCACGCAGUGAAAGGAGAAGGCUUAGAUCAUUCCUGGACUGGGAUCAUUGCCAUGACACCAGAUUCUGUCCCAUUUGUGGGAGCUAUCGAGUCUCUUCCUGGUCAAUAUAUUUGUGCUGGAUUCAAUGGGCACGGAAUGGCACGCAUGUUCACUAGUGCCCCAGGUGUUGUGAAGCUCGCUUUGGGCUAUGACUGGAAUGCUACUGGAUUGCCCCAGUGUUUUCAGUUUUCUCGGGAAAGACUUGCUCGUCUAUCUGGUGAGAACUUGCCUUCCAUAUGGUAA